CCCGGCGCCAAACCUUAACCAAUUCCCCCCCUCCCAUCUCGCUCUCUCGCUCGGGGAGUCAGGCUCAGAGGCCUCAGGCAGAGACGAGGUCUCGUGCGCGCCCGGCUUUCCUCUCCUCGCCGCACGACGCCGCAACCAAUCUGACGCCGACGCGUCGCUAGUUGCCGCCGCCGAUGGCCAAGGCGCGCAGGCAGCCGUUCGCCGCCGCCGAGCGGUUCCUCGGGUUCCCCCGCGGCGGGUCGCCGGGGGCCGUGGCGCCGGCGCCGGACGGCGACGACGACCUGCCGGACCUCGCCGAGGCCGACGUCUGGUACUCGGCCGCCACCGAUUCCGGGAGCCCCUGGCCCGCGGCCUCCCGGCAGGUGGAGGCGGAGGGUCGGACGACGACGACGGGCGGCGGAGGGCUGGCGCCGCGCCGCGGCGUGCAGGGCGGGCUUAGCCGCGCGUUCGGGGACGGGCCCGGGCGGCAGGUGGCGGCGUCGGCGCCCGUCGAGGUGCCCGCGUGGCCGAGCCACUUCGCCGUGCCGGACCCGGCGCUGCUGUUCGAGAUGGAGAUGCCGGAGGACGAACCGGGCAAGGACGGCGCCGGCGGGUGGGUGCCGCCGCACGUGUACCUGGCGCGGCGGCAGGCGCGGGCGUCGGUGGUGGAGGGCGUCGGGCGGACGCUCAAGGGCCGGGACAUGUCGCGGGUGCGCGACGCCGUCUGGAGCCGGACGGGCUUCGACGGAUGACGACGGCGGCGACGGCGACGACAAAGCUUGGAUUUUGAUUCCGUUUUGCCCUUUCCAUCAUUCGAUCGGUCUCAGGUUCCUCCUCACCUUUCUUCUUUCUUGGAUGAUGAAAUUUUGUAAACACGGGCGGGUUGCUGCUUGUUUUGGCCUCUGAUCCAUCGGCGAUUUAGUGAAUCAAUGGAAAUCAAGAGCUAGAGAUGAAGCAAGGGAUGAUGUGUGGUGUGUAGUAGUACCGAGUAUAUAGCUCUCAACGAGUACAUUCAUUUGGUUGAAUAAUCUGGUUUCGCUGAUUGGGCAGUUGGGUACUGGCUGGCUCCAACUAAAAUUGGUUGGAGCCUGCAGAUUCUUUUGGGUACUUCCCCUAAUUUGAUGUGGCCUCCAAAGGAGAAAAAAAAAAGCAAGAAAUUGGCCAUGCAUGUGUUGUGAUCCAAAGUUGGAAUCUUUAUAUGUUAUUUUUCUUCUCGUGA